AGCCGUUAGUUUAGCCUGAUCCGUCAAAACGGGCCGUUCGCCACGGCCUCCCAGAGACGCGACUCCAACCAUUUAUCAACGCGAACCCUCGCUCCUUUCCGAGCGUCGUUCCGUCCGUUCCUUUUCCAUUCCGACGUCCCUCGAAGCUGCGAUAUCUUUCUCCCAACCCCACAACACCUUCGAGGACCGCAGCCACUGUCCCAAUUCCACAGAAAGACACCGCCAACCAGAAUCAUAAUAUAGACAUUCAAAAUGGGCCCCCGCCUCAUAAACAACGCUCCGCGCGAGCGCACAAAGCCCAUGCGCGUCCUCGUCCUCGGCCUCUCCCGCACCGGCACCACGAGCAUCCUCGUCGCCCUGCGCAAACUCGGCUACACACCCUACUCGAUGCGCGACCUCCUAACGAACCCAGCCAGCAUCCCCCUCUGGCGCGAAGCCAUCACCCUCACCCUCCUCCCCACCCACAAACGCCCCACCCGCAUCCGAAACCGGACCAUCUUCCCGCCCUUCGCGAGACAAGAGUUCGACACGCUGCUCGGCGAGUACGACGCCGUCGCCGACUUGCCCGCCGCGCUAUUCGCCAAGGAGCUGGUCGAGGCGUACCCGGAGGCCAAAGUCAUUGUUACGACAAAGGCGUAUGAGGAGUGGGAACGCAGCAUGAGCGAGAGCGUGUGGUUGUUGCUCAAGUGGCGCGUUUUCCAGCUCACGCGGUGGCUGGGCGUCACGCAGAUGGCGCCGUUGACGAGGCUCAUGCACGAGAUGUUUGGCGUGUUUGACGGGAAUAGCUUAGGGGGAAGGAGGACGAGGGAGGCGUAUGAGAAGUACUACGCCGAUGUGAGGGAGUUGGUGCCCGAGGGGAAGAGGCUCGAAGUACAGUCUGGUAAGGGCGAUUGGGAUUCGCUCUGCGUGUUCCUGCAAGUGGAGAAGCCCGAGGGCGUCGGUGCGUAUCCGAAUAUGGACGAGGGGACGAGCAUGGUCAAGGGGUUGCGGGCCGCGUGGUGGGAGGUUGUCGAGUGGUUUGGGCUUAUUGCGGGCAUGGUGCUGGUGACGGUGGUUGGGUUCGUGAUGAUUUAUUGGCAGGCGGAGCUGUGGUCGAGGUUUGAGGGCGCGUUGAAGGUGUUUGAGCCGUGGGUUGGGUUUUUGGAGAGGAAUGGUACGGAGGGGGUGGGUUUGGGGGAGAAGUCGGAGCUUUGAGGGGUGUUUGGUGGAGAAGGGAAG